AUGAGCAGUGAGGCGAGAAAAUGGAAGGCAUUCUCUGGGAAUGGAACAAUCCUAGACUCUGUUGACAGAUCUGAGCCCCCGGGAAACCUCCAGGAUGUUGAUCACGAUAAAGCCAUGCAAGUUCCCGAGACUGAUAGCGGUGGAUGGGGUAAUGGCUCUUCGUUUGGAUCUCCGUCCCAUGGAUCUCGUGGUAGCGCUAGUACCGGAGAGAGCUAUCGUCAAGAGCAAGGUUCUGGGUCAGAAUGUUCGCCAUUAGAGAACUUGCCAGUCAAAUUACAUGCAUUGGAGGACACAGCAAACGUCGAUACACAGUCUCUCGUUACCCCCCCAUGGUAUAACACGAGCAACAUUGAACGCCAUAGCCCAGAUAGAUCCGGGUUGAUGGAUACUAAUGCUGGCCACUCCAAGUCUGCCCCACUGACCGUCCAGGAAGCUUGUCUUUUACGACAUUUCAUCGAGGAAAUAUCGCCAUGGUUCGACCACUGCGAUGACCGGAGGCAUUUCCAACUGGUAGUACCUCGUCGAGCACAACACUGUUCAAUCAUUCGCAAUGCUCUUUUCGCUGUCUCGGCUCGUCAUUUAGCUCGACUGCCACAGUACGCAACACCCGAUGGAAUUUUGUAUCACGGUCAGCUGCUUCCUGAUCUGCAGGGCUCCACCGCAGUGGAAUAUACCCUCAAAUGUAUUCCGGAUCUUGUCAGAUACCCCGAAAUGACUGACCCGCUAGACCAAGAGAACAUAAUGGUUGCUACGGUCAUCUUACGGCAAUACGAGGAGAUGGAGGAGGAUAUGGACACCGACACCGACAUGUCUGCCCAGGACAGAGUCAACUUCUUAGCCAUCACCCAGAGAAUUAUUGAUUCCAUGAUUUCCUACCGGCUGGAGCAGUCCCUUGCUACCGCAGCGUAUUGGAUUGCUAUUCGCCAGGAAGUCUAUUAUGCACUGACAAGAGAGCGAGCACCAAAUAUGCGAUUUGGACCAGACGAUUGGAACAAUGCAUCUGUUGCCAGCACGUUGAUUAUGCUAGCCAGUGAGGUGACAAAAUGGUGCUGGGGCGACAGUUUGACUGAUGAAUGGGAGCGUCUCAUGCUGCGCCACCAGAAACUCAGGGAUGAGUAUCGUACCGAAUUAGCCCCAAUGUUUGAGAAACGAGCGGAUCGAUUACGGGGUGAAAUAUUCCCUACUAUCUGGUAUGGUUCCGACGACCAGGUGACGGCAGUGCAGCAUUUAGAGCUGGCCGGAUUAAUUCUGACUGCUCAAAAUCCACACCUUGAAUCAUCCACCCGCGCUGCACAUCGCAAAGCCGAAGCCCAAGUCCGAUCGAUCGUUCUAAAAAUCUGCGGGAUCGCGCUGAAUCACGUCCGAUGUCACCCUGCACUAGUCAAUGCAGUCAUUGCAAUCACACUCUACGGGGAUUACUUUACCGAGCCCGAAGAGCGGGACGCAUUGGUUGGGAUCAUAGAUCAAACCCGAGAGUUGCAUUCUUGGCCUAUGCAAAAGCGCUACGCCCAGCUGAAGCACCGGUGGCAGUUAGUAGACAGCUGCUCUCUUUAG